AUGCCUGGCCGUUAUGACAAAUUAUUUAUGUUUCGCAUUCACUCUUCCUCCAGCCGAAAAUUGGCUCUUCAGCUGUACGAAUUCUUGGGGCGUUCUUUCUUCUAUCACUUGAUCGUCGAUUUCCUGAGUGAUUGUCCAUCUGAAUAUCAGCACCACCGACGUUUCAUGGAAACGUUGACGAAGAAGGUUAACCGGCGCAAGAAGAAGAAAUCUGGACCACGACCCCCCAUGACCCUGCCCCGAGGCCGAAAUAACAUGAAGCGCACAGCCAAUUCCAUCGAGAACGACCCCCCUGAGAUAGCCGCAACUACUGCCACAGAAACCACACAGCACAAUACAGCGAAGCGCAAGGACGCCGGAGCCCGGAAAGAAAGUCCAAACAUCAAGACGGACAGGUACGCGAUGAAGGACAUUAAAGGGGCUCGUGAACCGCUCGAGAUCGUUUUUCAUCCCCGUCCUCCGGCUCCGUUCAAGAUCGGUUAUGAUGGUACAAUCCGCCCUUCUUCGCCCCAGGAGAUCAUCAGGUACGAGGGUGUGGCUGCCGUGGCUCCUCUCAAGGACGAUGCCAUCAUCGCAAUGCUCAAGGAGUUUCACCCGAACGAUCCUGCGGCGCAGUCGUAUGUCCGCACCCACGAAGCUAAAAAGGCGGGAAGAAGAUUCCUGGAGGCGAAGAUCGCGGACAGAGAAAAUCUUCGGAAACAGGUUGCGCGCAAGAUGCGUGACAGGGCCCGUCAGGUGGCGAACUUGGACAACGCGUCGAAGCAGAUCGGCCCUUCUCUAGCCCCGCUGCCCAAGGAGGACGAGAAGCAGGACGAUGGUAAGAAGGAUGAGUUGGUCAGCAUGCGGGAGCAGCUGGAGAGAGUCAGUCAGGCCCAUGAACGUCUUCAGAAGGCGAUCGAAGCUUUCCAGAUCAAGUAG